AUGUCUGGCGUAACCAGUUCCUGUUCUGGCCAUUAUGCGGGGUUUAUCACCGUCUUCCCCGUCCUCUAUAUCCCGGUCAUCAACCACGUGGUCUUCAAGCACACCGGCAUUAGCUGGAAUGGCCAUCCGUAUCUUUUUCCGCCGCAGAGCGCGAAGCUUGCAGCCGCUGGUGGUGGCGACUUGCAGCGUAAUAUGUUCUCGCGAUUCUUGACGAUGAGCGAGAGCCCCAGUCAGGAGAAGGCCGCAGAGCAGGGACGGGCUGGCGCUGGACAACAGCAGCACCAGGUGGAAAUGCAAGGACAGAUGAUUGAGCAAGCUCAAUAA